ACGUGGCCAAGCGCCCGCUCCUUCUCCUAGUCUGGGAGCUCCUUGACUUUUCAUCCUUGGAAUGCUCUCCCAGUUAGUAGCUUCUCCAUCAAAACGUCCCGACUGGAUCUUCGUCCGGUUUGUUCUGACGCCAAAAGAUGUUCGCCCUUUCCCUCUCCGUGUCUCUAGCCAAGUUUGAUGGGAAUUUCGACUCCCUCGACCUUGCGGAGUUUGCUAAGAAACAGCCUUGGUGGCGGAAACUGUUUGGCCAGGAGUCGGGGCCUUCUGCCGAGAAGUACAGCGUGGCUACCCAGCUCUUGAUAGGCGGGGUCACUGGCUGGUGCACAGGCUUCAUCUUCCAGAAAGUGGGAAAACUGGCAGCCACAGCAGUAGGUGGUGGAUUUUUCCUAUUACAGAUCGCAAACCACACCGGUUACAUCAAGGUGGACUGGCAGCGAGUUGAGAAAGAUAUGAAGAAAGCCAAGGAGCAGCUGAAAAUCCGAAGAAGCAACCAGCUCCCUACGGAAGUGAAGAGCAAAGCUGAGGAGGUCGUAUCAUUUGUGAAGAAGAACGUUCUCGUGACUGGAGGCUUUUUUGGAGGCUUUCUUCUUGGCAUGGCAUCCUAAGGAGGAAGACUCUGCUGCCCGCACCUGACAUCGCCUGCCCAGCGUCCUUCCUCAGGCUCGUCCGGGAGCAGCCCAACCCCUGUCUGUGGCCAUAAUCCAAGCUGUAGGAUGAAUCAAGGAAGUAGAUGAGCUCGCCUCACUCGGGUCCUCCCCAGCCUUGCGGGCCUGCUUUGUAACCAAUUAGCCGUUCCCUAGGUUGCAACAUCAUGUUUCGCUCCCCCUCCCUGUAAGACAGCUAACCAGGGAGCGACGCGCCCUCCAACUCUGUAGCUGGCGGCCAACCUGCCACGGACUCUUUGCUGGUCCCUCCCUGCUGUCGUUGUGUUCUGCCUUGUGGAGAUGAAUACACUUGCCCACUGAUCACAAAAA